AUGGGCAACUGUUGCUCUCAAGGUAAAGCUGCCGAUGCCCCGGCGGCAGAGCACAAUGCUGCCGCCACCACCAACAAGGGAGAAACCAACCAACAAAGCAGCAAACAUGAAACUCCCAACAACAACAACAACCACCCUGCCACCACCCCACCAACAACCUCCAAGCCACCAACCUCAUCACCCUCACCACCACCAUCACAAUCAUCAUCAAAACCCACAAAAACAGCCCCCAUUGGGCCUGUCCUUGGAAAACCAAUGGAAGACGUGAGAGCCACAUACACCAUGGGGAAGGAGCUAGGGAGAGGACAGUUUGGUGUCACCCAUUUGUGCACACACAAGGUCACAGGCCAAAAGUUUGCAUGCAAAACCAUUGCCAAGAGAAAGCUUGUUCACAAGGAAGAUAUAGAAGACGUUAGAAGGGAGGUGCAAAUCAUGCACCACCUCACGGGUCAACCUAACAUUGUGGAACUCAAAGGUGUCUAUGAGGAUAAACAAUCCGUUCAUUUGGUUAUGGAGUUGUGUGCUGGUGGUGAACUCUUCGAUCGUAUCAUUGCAACCGGACUUUACACAGAACGUGCUGCAGCUUCUUUGUUAAGAACCAUUGUGCAGAUUGUUCACACUUUUCAUUCUAUGGGUGUCAUUCAUAGAGAUCUUAAGCCCGAGAAUUUCCUCUUGUUGAAUAAGGAUGAAAAUGCACCCCUCAAGGCCACAGAUUUUGGUCUAUCCGUUUUUUACAAGCAAGGAGAUAUGUUCAAAGACAUUGUUGGUAGUGCAUAUUACAUUGCACCCGAAGUCUUGAAGAGGAGAUAUGGGCCAGAAGUUGAUAUAUGGAGUGUUGGUGUAAUGCUAUACAUUCUUCUAUGUGGUUCUCCUCCAUUUUGGGCAGAAUCUGAACAUGGUAUAUUCAAUGCCAUCCUAAGGGGUCACAUUGACUUUACAAGCGAUCCAUGGCCUUCAAUUUCACCUGCAGCUAAAGAUCUUGUAAGGAAAAUGUUGAAUUCAGAUCCCAAACAAAGAUUGACAGCAUACGAAGUUUUGAAUCAUCCUUGGAUCAAGGAGGACGGAGAAGCACCAGAUAGACCUCUUGACAAUGCUGUCCUGAAUAGACUCAAACAGUUCAGAGCAAUGAACCAAUUCAAGAAAGUUGCUCUAAGGGUCAUUGCCGGUUGUUUAUCUGAAGAAGAAAUCAUGGGGUUGAAGGAAAUGUUCAAGGGUAUGGACACUGACAACAGUGGAACCAUUACAAUUGAAGAACUCAAGCAAGGGCUUUCAAAACAGGGGACAAAGCUUACAGAACAAGAAGUUAAGCAAUUAAUGGAAGCUGCUGAUGCUGACGGCAAUGGCAUCAUAGAUUAUGACGAGUUCAUCACAGCAACAAUGCACAUGAACCGAAUGAACAGAGAAGAACAUCUGUACACUGCCUUCCAGUACUUCGAUAAAGAUAAUAGCGGGUUCAUCACCACUGAAGAACUAGAGCAAGCUCUCCAUGAAUAUAACAUGCAUGAUGGCAGGGACAUCAAAGAAAUCCUUCAAGAAGUUGAUGGAGAUAACGAUGGUCGCAUUAACUAUGAUGAGUUUGCGGCAAUGAUGAGAAAAGGAAAUCCAGAAGCUCAUACUAAGAAGAGGCGUGAUUCCUUUGCUUUGCAAUAG